GCCGCCGCGGAGUAAAAGUAGGGAUGGUGCCAGUGCCGCUAGCCCGCACUCCGAGCCGGCUCUUGUAAACAGUGUGGCCUGAGAGGCCGUUCCAGGUUGGUCGGUGUCGCCUUGCUUCUCGCGUACGCGCGCGUCUCUCAACGUGUUCCUCUCCUCGCAGAGUAUCGUCGGUGUUCUAUUCCGUAUUGGGUUUUGUUUUGGUGAUGCACGGUGAUUGUGACCAUGUGAGUGUGCAGGGUGUUCAUGUUGUGCGCGGCGAUGCGGUGAUGUGUGGGUUAACGGCGUCUUCGCACCACUACGUUCUCUACCAAUGACAUUUUACUGGAACAACAAAUUUGGGUUCCCUAUUGUGAAUUAAAUGAGCCGUGAUGAAAUGAAAUGAUGAGCCGCUGCGCUUUCGCCUGCUGCCUCCUGGUGAUCGCUCUCAGUCCGGUGAAGAGCGAGGGGGCGCUGGCCUCCGACUUGGAGAUCCGCUUCACCAAGGAGCUGUACAAUGUCAGCAUACCGGAGAACAGCGUGGCCAAGUCGUACGCGUCGCAGCCGCCCGGCGCCGACCUCAUGGGCAUCCGCCUGCCCUCCAACACCCUCGCGGACAUUCGAUACCGGAUAAUCGAGGGCGACAAGGACAGGUUCUUCAAGGCGGAGCACCGGCUGGUCGGCGACUUUUGCUUCCUGUUCAUCCGCAUCAAGACGGGCAACAACGACGUCCUGAACAGGGAGCGCAAGGACAAGUUCAUAUUGCAGGUGAGGGCGACCGCCACCGUCAAGGAGGGGGCGCAAAAGUUCUCCGCCUCCACCGACACCACCGUGGUGGUCACCGUGUUGGACACCAACGAUCUCAGUCCCCUGUUCUACCCCACCGAGUACAACGUGACCAUCUACGAGGACACGCCGGUGCACCAGAGCAUUUUGAAGGUGAACGCCGAGGACGCCGACCUAGGGCGCAACGGAGAGAUAUACUACAGCUUCCUGGAGGAGACCGACCAGUUCGCCAUUCACCCCAUAACCGGCGACAUAUCGUUGACCCGUCCGGUCAGGUACAGCGAAAACACAUAUCACGAGCUGACCGUUGUGGGUCAGGACCGGGGCGCCGUCUUUCGGCAAGGCUCCUUCAUGCUCAACAGGGCCAAAAUACGCAUACGUGUCAAGAAGGUCAACUUCUACUCGCCUGACGUACGCAUCAAACGUCUGCCGCAAAUAGUCGAGAACUCCAACGCCGACAUUUACGCCAUAGUCAACGUUUCGGACAGGGAUAGUGGGGUGCACGGCCAGAUCGCCAGUCUGGAGAUAGUGGACGGGGAUCCGGACGGACACUUCCGGAUCCGGCCCACCAAGCAAAAAGGCGAGUUCAACAUAGAAGUGCUUAAGUUGUUGGACAGGGAGAGCACCCCCCAAGGUUAUACGUUGACUUUGCGGGCCGUGGAUGAGGGGGUGCCUCCACGGGAGACGUACAAGUCCGUGCCGGUGCAACUGACGGAUUUGAACGACAACGCUCCGGUGUUCAACAAGGAGGUGUACGACGUUAAGGUGCCGGAGACGGCCCCCAUUAAUACCCCGUUAAUAAGACUGAAAGUUACGGACGCCGACGAGGGGAAGAACGCCCAAGUGUUCUUAGAAAUAGUCGGCGGCAACGAGGGGAUGGAGUUUAAUCUAAAUCCUGAGACCGGCAUGCUUUACACCGCCAAACUUCUGGACGCCGAAAGCAAACAGUUCUACAGCCUCACUGUGUCAGCCAUUGAUCAAGGCAACGUGGGCACCAGGAAGCAAUCGUCAGCCAAAGUUAAGAUUUAUGUCGAGGACACCAACGACAACGACCCCAUCUUCGACAAGUCCGAGGUGACGGUCUGGAUUGAUGAGAACAUGCCCGCCGGCACUUCCGUAACCACCGUCCACGCCCGGGACAAGGACCGGGGCGAGAACGCCUACAUAUCCUAUCUAAUAGCCAACUUAAACAAAGUCCCCUUCGAAAUCGACCACUUCUCCGGCAUCAUCAAGACGACGCAGCUGCUGGACUACGAGAGCAUGAGGAGGGAGUACGUGCUGCGACUGAGGGCGUCUGACUGGGGCUUGCCCUACAGACGCCAAACGGAGAUGCAAUUAACCGUUAAAGUUAAGGACGUGAACGACAAUAGGCCGCAAUUCGAGAAGGUGGACUGCAUCGGACAUGUCCCCCGUUACAUCGCCAUCGGAUCAGAGAUAAUAACGUUGUCGGCGAUUGAUUUUGACGCGGGCAACAUCAUUAGCUACAGAAUCGUGUCGGGGAACGAAGACAGUUGCUUCAGCAUCGAGGCCACGUCCGGCACUAUAACCGUCAACUGCGACCUCAACGACCUGCGGGUGGGUGACAGGGAGCUGAACGUUACGGCCACGGACGGGACCCACUUCGCCGACCUGGCCCGCGUCCACAUGAAGCUGGUGAACGCCAAGAAGAACAGCCUAACCAGCGGGAAAUUAUUGGCUGAUGACUUAGGGGGGUUCGAGUGCAAGGACACGGGGGUGGCCAGACGACUGACGGAGGUGCUCGCCGACGCGGAGAACAACAACAAGCCGCCGGCGCAGGAAGAGUUCGCCAUGAUGCCGACGCGCUACGGGCAAAACGUGCACGCGCCCGAAUUCAUGGACUUCCCCAUCGAAAUACGGAUCAACGAGUCGGUAGCCUUGGGCACCGCUCUCGUCAAACUCAAAGCCAGAGACCGCGACCUGGGCUACAACGGCAAACUGAUUUACGGCAUAUCCGGCGGGGACAAGCACUCGCAGUUCUGUCUGGACAUGGAGACCGGCGAGCUGAAGAUCAUCGGCUACCUGGACAGGGAGAAGGAGUACGAGUAUUUCCUGAACGUGAGCGUCUACGAUUUGGGCAGACCGCAGAAGUCGGCGUCCCGAGUGCUGCCGAUAACCGUGCUCGACAUCAACGACAACGCACCUAAAUUCGAGAAGGCUUUGGCCAGCUUCAGGGUGACCGAGAACGCCAUGAACGGCACCGUUAUAUUCAAAGCGAAUGCAACAGAUGCAGACGAGGGCGAUAACGCCCGAGUAACUUACUCCCUGGUAACGGACACUAAAGAUUUCGGCGUGGAUAAGGUCACCGGCGAACUGAGGGUAUCGAACAAUUUAGAUAGGGAGAGACAGGACACUUAUGAGCUGCGGAUAAGGGCGACCGACGGGGGUGGCAAAGGCCCCGAUAAUCCACCUUUGUACUCCGAAGCGUUGGUCCGCAUAUCAAUAGACGACAUCAACGACAACGCCCCGAAAUUCAGUUUACCCAAUUAUAGCGUGAAAAUACGGGAGGACAUACCGAAGGGCACGGUGGUGGCGGUCGUAACUGCCUCCGACCCGGACCUCGGUGCCGAAGGAGAGGUGCUCUACUCCCUGGAGGACAGCGACAGCGACGGCACCUUUAAAAUUGACCGCGUCUCCGGAACGAUACGGACCACCAAGCCUCUGGACUUUGAGGAGCGGCAGGUGCACAGUUUGAUAGUGUUCGCCAACGACAGGGGCAACCCUUCGCUGUCCUCGGAGGCGACGGUGACGAUUAACGUGGUCGACGUGAACGAGAACAUGCACGCCCCGACUUUCAGUGACUUCGUGCUCGUCGGCAAAGUGAGCGAAAACAAACCGGUCGGGAGUUUUGUGAUGCAGGUUAAUGCCACCGACCUGGACCCACCUGGCGGCGACAGCAACAUCGAGUAUUCCAUUCGAGGCGGCGACGGGAUCGGCAUCUUCUCCAUAGAUAAUCAAGGCAACUUGAAGACAUCGGCCGUGCUGGACAUCGAAACUAAAAGUCAUUAUUGGAUUACCGUUUUUGCGCAGGACCACGGCGUCGUCCCCUUAUUUUCCAGUGUCGAGAUCUACGUGGAGGUGCUCAACGAAAACGACAACGUGCCGCUGAGCGAAAAACCCGUAUACUACCCCCACAUCGCCGAGGACAGCCCGACUGGAAGCACCGUGCUCCAACUGGAGGCUUACGACGGAGACAAAGACCCCACCCAGAAAAUAACCUACAAGAUUAUCUCCGGCAAUCCCGAGGGCUUUUUCCACAUCAACUCCACCACAGGAUUAAUCACAACGACAGCCAGGAAACUAGACAGGGAGACGCAGGAUGAACACAUACUGGAAAUCUUGAUCAGCGACAAUGGAACGCCGCCUUUGUCGUCGACGACCCGCGUCGUCGUAAAAAUCGACGACAUCAACGACAACAGUCCGGAAUUUGAGCAGAUAUCGUACAACGUCGUGAUACCCGCGAGCGUCGACGCCGAUUAUGAACAGCCGAUGUUUCAGAACGAUGCACCGGACGAAUUCGACGGGGCAGACGCCGCCCCCGACGACAAUUAUUGGGAAUCUCACGGGCCCGCCGACUAUCGAGGUCUUGACCGCGUUAUGCGGGUAUUAGCCUUUGAUCGUGACGAAGGUGCUAACGCUGAGCUGCGUUAUCACAUCAAGUCGGGCAAAGGAAGAUCGAAGUUCAAAAUCGACAAUUCCACCGGCAUGGUGUACGCCCAGAAAGGUUUCGAAGCUGGACAAGAGUUUGAGCUCAACAUUAAGGCAACAGACAACGGAAACACUUCGAAGUCUUGCAUUUGUAAGGUAUCAGUUAGGGUGGUGCCGGUGCCCAAAACAUCCAGGAGCCCCCCUAAAGUGAAGCCCCCAUCUUUGGUGCAGCUCACUGAGGGUGACCAAAUUGGAUUCCUGGUCAGCUACAUCCAAGCCACUGAUCCGGACAAUGACACCCUGUGGUACGACAUUGUCGGUGGAGACGACCGAAACGACUUCUUCAUUGGACGAGACGUGGGCAACAUCCUUUUGGCCCACAAGCUCGACCACGAGACGCAGAACGUAUACUACUUAAACAUUAGCGUAACUGAUUCUGUACAUACUGUAUAUACACAAUUAAACGUAACCGUAAUAGAUAUAAACGACCACAGACCCGAGUUUUCUGAGUCGUUGUACACGGUGGAGAUCUCAGAGGCGGUGCCGUUAGAGACGGAAGUGCUUAAGCUGAAGGCCACCGAUAAGGACGACGACGGCAAACUAAUUUACAGCCUUCAUUCCGCCCAAAAUCAAAUCUCCCUCGCCACUUUUAAGCUGGACUCGUUAACGGGAAUUAUAUCCUUAGCCUCGAAGUUGGACAGGGAAACUUUGAGCAAGCACGUGCUCACGGUGAUGGUGAGGGACGGCGGCACACCGGCGCAAAGGAACUACGCCAGGGUGCAGAUAAUAGUGCACGAUCACAACGACCACACGCCCCACUUCUCGGACAAGAUCCUCAUGGGCAAGGUGUUCGAGUCCGCCGCCGUGGGUAGUCAGGUGUUGAGGGCGUUCGCCGUCGACCACGACAAGGGCGAGAACGCCCGCAUCACCUACUCCAUCAUAUCGGGCAACGUGGGCAACGUGUUCAGCAUCGAACCGGACCUGGGCAUCAUCAGCAUCGCCAGGGAGCUGGACCUGUCCUCGGCCACCGAGUACACGCUGCACAUCAGAGCCACCGACCACGGACAGCCCUCCCUGUCCUCCAUGGUGCCCGCUCACAUCGGCAUCUCGAUGGCGGACAACGCUCCCCCCAGGUUCAUAACCAAGGAGAUCGCCGCCGAGAUCUACGAGGACCAGCCGUUGGGCAGCUACGUCGCACAUUUGGACGUCAGAAGCACGUCUUCGCUGCAGUUCCAAAUCGUCGCCGGCAACAACGACAGCGCCUUCUUGAUCAGCCCCAGCACCGGUGUGAUCACCACGCAGAAGUAUUUGGACUAUGAGACUAUCAAAUUCUACAAUUUGUCUGUGAUAGCAACCAACAUGGCAUCCGUUUCAGCCGGUUGCAACGUAAUAAUCCACAUCCUCGACAAAAACGAUAACCCGCCCAGAUUCCUGCAGUCGUCCUACACGGGAAUAAUUAGCGAGGCGGCUCCAAUAAAAUCACUGGUGCUGACUAACAGCAGCGAACCGCUCGUUAUAAAAGCUGUUGAUGCUGAUUCGGAAGUUAACGCUCUGCUGCUCUACAACAUCGUCGAGAUCCUGCCUAGAAGGUAUUUCCAAAUCGAUUCGAACACCGGCGCAAUCAGGACAAUAAGACUGCUGGACUACGAAACGAUUCCAAAGUUCACUUUCCACGUGCAAGUGUCCGAUUUGGGAAAGCCGAAGCUGUCUUCGGAGACGACUGCCCGAGUGGACAUACUUAUAACGGACGUGAACGACUGUCCGCCCCGUUUCACUCAGCCAAUCUACAACGUAACGUUGCUGCUGCCGUCUUAUAAGCACGUGGCCGUGCUCCAGGUCAACGCCACGGACCCGGACAGCUCCGAAAGCAACGCCUUACGAUACGACAUUAUCGAAGGCAACAAACUGGGUAUUUUCGCAAUCGAUUCCAAAACAGGGUUAAUAACGUUGUUAGAGCCGGACAACUUGAAGUCCGUAUAUAAACUUCACGUCAGGGUAUCCGACGGUAAAUUCAGUAGCGUAGCCAAAGUAUUCAUAAGGGUGGAGGAGUCCGACAACUCCGGCCUAGUGUUCCAGAAGCCGUUCUACGAGGGCUCCAUCAUGGAGAACUCCACCAAAGUCACGACGGUGUGCGUGGUGAACGUCUUAGGUAGUGCCUUAAACGAAAACAUUGAAUUUAAGAUUCUGAAUCCGACCAACAUGUUCACGAUCGGACCCACGUCCGGGGUUAUUAGGACCACCGGCGUUAAGUUUGACAGGGAAGUCAAGGACAAGUACGACCUCAUUAUUGAGGCAAGGAGUAACGCCCCGCAAAGGGAACGGCCGAGGGUGGCGCACGUGAUUGUGAACGUCACCAUUUUGGACGUCAACGACAACUGCCCCAUGUUCGUCAACUUGCCCUACUAUUCGGUUGUGUCGGUGGACGACGAAAAGGGCAGCGUCAUCGCCAAAGUGCACGCCAUCGAUUUAGAUAGUGCUGAAAACGGGGAAGUCCGCUACGAAUUGAUCAGAGGGCACGGCGAGUUGUUCAAGGUGCAACGAGAGAGUGGAGACAUUGAAAUCAAGCAGAACUUGGAGGGCCACAACAGAGAGUACGAGCUACACAUCGCGGCCUACGACAAAGGCAUGACUCCGUGCAGAACGGACGUAACGGUCCACGUGAAAGUGAUCGACAGGUCGAUGCCGGUAUUCAAAAAACAAUUCUACUCGGAAGUUAUACCGGAAAACAUGGAACUGCACUCCCCACUCACGGUCUCCAUCGAGGCGGAAUCACCUUUGUCCAGAAAAUUAAUCUACAGCAUCAUAAAAGGCAACGAACUGGAAGAGUUCGCCCUCGAUUUCAACACAGGUGGGUGUUUAACACACAUUACGUCUAUGAGUUUAUUCAGAAAUGUUUCUAUAGAUUUGCGCACCGACAAUCAUAUGAUUAUAAGGGAUCUGCCCUUAUUUUUGCGGAGUUUUUUAAGUUCUAGCGUCCCAGCUCCCGACAGUAACAAUGGUCCCUGUGUCAUCUCGGUGGUGGACGAGCUGGACUUCGAACAGCAACAACAGUACGAACUGAUAAUCCGGGCCACCGACUCCGUGUCCGGCGUCCACGCCGAAGUACCCGUCUCGAUAAUACUGCAAGACGUCAACGAUUGCCCGCCGGAAUUCACGCAGGAAAGCUACAACGUUUCGGUGUCCGAGGCGGCGCAGUUCGGGACGCCUCUCCUGACCGUCAACGCUUACGACAACGAUACCGGCAUUAAUGCCAAAAUUGUUUACUCGAUACAGAAGGAGGGGAACGCCACGGAUCUGUUCUACAUCGAUGAGAACGAGGGAAUUGUUUACUUGAAACAGUCUUUGGACCACGAGGAGACCAGCAUGCACCACUUCAUUGUGGUGGCCACCGACCAAGGGGUGCCCAAUUUAAACAGCACAACGCACGUCUGGAUCAACGUCUUGGAUAUGAACGACAAUCCGCCCAAGUUUGAGCAGUCCUCCUACUCUUGCGGAUUAUCCGUCAGUGCCAAACGAGAUCAGUUCGUCACAAUCGUCAAAGCCAGUGAUUUGGACGAAAUUAACGAAAACAGCCUAAGAUACACCCUAAUAUCGGGCAACGAACAACAGACGUUUUCCAUGGAUCCUAACAGUGGCAUCAUUACUUUAACCAACUUGGCUAACUUUGGUAACCAGCCGAUGCUCCUGCUGAACGUGUCCGUCUCAGAUGGGGUUUAUACGAAUUUCGCCAGACUGAAGGUCGAAUUGAUACCCGCCAAUUUAUAUUCUCCAACAUUCGAAGACGUAAUUCUGGACGUACAAGUUCCAGAGAACAGACCCUCCGGAUUUCUGGUGGCUAACGUGAACGCCACCGACAAAGACUUGGGACAAUUCGGCACAAUAACCUACAGUAUUAACUCCGACUUACUUUCUGAGACCUUCAUCAUAGAUAAAAACACAGGAAGAAUCCUAACUAAAGUCAGAUUGGACAGGGAAAAACGGAAGAUGUACGAAAUACCUGUUAUGGCCACGGAUGGAGGAGGCAAGUCGGCUUUCCUUACAGUCAGAGUGAGAGUGCUGGAUGAAAAUGACAACGCCCCACGCUUCCUAUUGAAGGAGCACCACGUCAGUAUCUAUUCAAAUCAUUCCAUCAAUAGACCAUUUGGUAAAAUUAAGGCCGUCGAUGCGGACGAGGGUGCGGCAGCCACUUUGGAAUACUCAAUUUAUGAAAAGAAGGAGUCUGAAAUAACUAACAUUUUUAAAAUUAACCCGACCACUGGCGACUUGUGGCUGCAAAGAAGUGUCAACAACUACGUGGGGCAAGUGUUCCAAUUCUUCGUAAGGGCUAAAGACAAAGGAAAACCGGAGAAACACGCCGACGUGCCCGUAAACAUAGUGAUAAUGGGACCGAAAGACUUUGCCCCUGUUUUUGAAAGCAAGGAGGGCAAAUUUUUCUUGUCUGAAAACUCCGCCACAGGAACAGUCAUCACCAAGCUGAAGAUCAUUUCCAACGUGACUGUGACGUACAAAAUCGUGUCCGACUCCGAGGAUUAUCCGCAGUUCAGUGUUGAUGGGCAGGGUCAAAUUUCCUUGGCCAGGCCUCUAAACUACGAAUAUCAAAACAUGCACGUCAUUGGAGUGUUAGCUUUAACUGAAUCCAGUCCUCCAUUAACUGCUCUGGCAGAAAUCACACUUCUGGUGCAAGAUGAAAACGACCACGCCCCACAAUUCGAAAGCAACGCCUACAUGAUCAACCUUGCCGAAAAUAUAGAGCCCUUCACGUCUGUACUGAGAGUGGUUGCCAACGACGACGACCAAGGAAGCAACGGAGAAGUCCGCUACAGCUUCGGGCCGGACGUAGGGGAAAACCUGAACGUCUUCGCAAUCGACCAACACACAGGUUGGCUCACCACAUUGGUGAAGCUGGACAAAGAGGUGAAGUCGGAGUAUAAAUUCUUCGUGGUGGCCACCGAUAACGGAACUCCGAAACAAUCGGCCCGCUCCACCGUCAUAAUUCGUUUGAAGGACUACAACGACAGCCCCACGUUGUUCACCCAGUCGCACUUCGAAGCUUCGGUCAAAGAGGACGCGUUGCCGGGCACGGUCAUCCUGACGUUGGAGACCACGGAUGCCGACAUGGAUUUGUCCACGCCGGUGGAGUUUUAUAUUAUUUCCGGGGACCCUAAGUCGCAGUUCCAGAUUCGGCAAACUGGGGAGGUUUACGUGGCCAAACAACUCGACAGGGAGAAAGUUGCGGAGUACAACCUGAAAAUUAUCGUCACUGAUGGGUUGUUCUCUGAUGUCACGGAAGUGAAAGUUGACAUUCUAGAUGCUAACGACAACCCUCCGUACUGCCUAAAAUAUAGAUACCGACAAGUAUUGUCUGAAGGAAUUAUUCCGGGCUCAUUUGUGUUGUCAAUUUUAGCCAGCGAUAUUGACAGCCCAGAGAACUCUAAACUGCGUUACAUUUUGUCCGGUGAUGGGGCGGAAAGCUUCCAUCUGGACAGGGAUACAGGACAUUUGAAAACCAUCGCCAGUUUAGACCGUGAGAAGCAAUCAAAAUAUCUAUUAACCGCCCACGUCCACGACAAAGAACACACAACUUGGGAAUGCUCCUCGCAAAUUGAGCUGAUCAUUUCCGACCUCAACGACAACCCGCCAGUUUUCUCCCUGCCUUAUUAUUCAGUUUCGAUGCCCGAGGACGUGGAAAUUGGAACGCUGGUGACGAAAAUCCAUGCGAACGAUGCGGAUAUCGGCAUCAACAGGAAAAUUAAAUACAUAUUCAUAGACUCGUUCAACGAUCAUUUCGUAAUGCAGACCGACAGCGGCAUAGUGACGCUUGCCAAGCCUUUAGACAGGGAAAUCCGGAGCAUGUACAACUUGACAAUACAAGCCAUAGACCAGGGAACCCCUCAGUUAUCGAACAUCGUGUCGUUGAUUGUGAACGUGCAGGACAUCAACGAUAAUCCGCCGGAAUUCGCCAACAAAUAUUACUUCGCCACCGUGCCGGAAAUCGAUGCAAUCGGCACGGAAGUCGUCCGUGUGUUGGCCACGUCCAAGGACACAGGCGUUAACGCCGACGUUUACUAUUCCAUUAUAGGUGGAAAUGAGCACAAGAAGUUCGCCGUUGAUAACAAGUCUGGCGUCAUCACCAUAGCAGACAUGUUGGACUUUGAAAGAGCCAGAGAUUACUUCCUAACCAUCCAGGCAAUAGACGGCGGCACCCCUCCGUUAAGCAACGUGGCUACCGUCAACAUUACGGUCACCGACUGCAAUGACAACGCCCCCAUCUUUACUCAGCAGUCCUACAGUGCCAGAAUUAAAGAGGACGCUCAAAUUGGAGACAAAAUAUUACAGGUCAUUGCCACAGAUUUAGAUAGCGGCAAAAACGGCGAGGUCACCUACUCUAUCAUCAGAGGUGACAACGACAAUCAAUUCGAAAUUGAGGAGACCACCGGCUACUUGUCGGUCGCCAAAGAGUUGGACAGGGAAGCCGUCUCCAGCUACGUCAUUGAAAUCCUUGCCAAGGAUAACGGAGUGCCCGUCCUGUCCCGGCAAACCCUCGUCAACAUUGAAAUAUCUGACGCCAAUGACAAUCCUCCAGUUUUCUCGCAGGAAAAUUACAUCGCCUUCGUUCAAGAGGACAAACCUUUAGGUCAUUCCAUUCUUCAGUUUGAGGUGACUGAUGCUGACACAAUCCCCAACACGGUCCCCUACACAUUCGACUUUAGAACAGGAAAUGAGGGUAACACCUUCAGAUUAGAUCAGGAUGGAGUACUAAGAACUGCCUCCAAAUUCAACCAUAAGAUCCAAGAGACGUACAAGCUGAUCAUCAGAGUGUUCGACAACGGAAGUCCUCCGUUGUAUUCAGAUGCAACGGUCCUCGUGAAAGUGAUAGAGGAGUCACAGUAUCCACCGGUGAUAACCCCGUUGGAAAUCAACAUUAACUCGUACUUGGACGAGUAUCCCGGUGGAAUAAUCGGAAAGGUAUACGCCAAUGAUCAGGAUCAGUAUGACACGUUGUCGUAUUCGCUGUUUCCCACGUCGGGCAUUUCUUAUCCUACGCACGAACUUUUUGCCAUUAACAAAACUGAUGGUACGUUAACUGCACUGCCACGACUGGAUGUGGGCGACUACAGACUGAAUGUGUCUGUUACUGAUGGCAAAUUUUCCUCUCACACCAUCGUCAAGGUUAAUGUUGAAGUCAUAUCCGAGGAAAUGUUGGAGAAUUCAGUCGGCAUUAGAUUCAGGGACGUAAGCCCGGAAGCGUUUGUUUUGAGUCACAGGAAAGGAUUCGUCCGAGCUGUGAGGAACGCCAUGAAUUGCCGUUUGAAGGACGUAGUCAUCAUCAGCGUCCAACCAUCAAACGACGACGACAUUUUUAGAAUUAAACGCUUCAUCAACAAGGACCUAGACGUGUUGUUCACGGUGCGUAAGCCGGACGAAGGAUUUUACCCAUCGGAAUCCAUACGGAAGGCCUUAAACGACAAUCUCGAGGAACUAGAAGAAAGUUCUAAACUAGUUGUAGAAGAAAUCAUACGGAUGAAGUGCAACAACAAGUACUGUCUUUACGGCGUGUGUCAAGACCACUACAGUCUGGACACCAACAUAAUCGAUCCGGUGUCGACGGACGUGACCAGCUUCGUGUCCCCCUACCACCGCCAGCGACUCGAGUGCAUAUGCAAAGAAGGGUACGGCGGAGAGCGCUGUGAUACUAUUGUUAACGAAUGUGCCAGAGAACCUUGCCCCUCCUAUAAGUUAUGCGUGCCAGACGCCUCACAAGCAGGCUACUCUUGCCAGUGUCCCGAGGGAUACGCCGGUGCCAUGUGCGACGUGGACAUGUCCACUUGUCACGACCAGAACUGCUACAUUGCCAGGAACCCUAUUUCGUUCAGUGGUAAAAGUUACUCGCAAUACCGAAUUAUCAAUAAGAAAUCUAUAGAGGACCAAUUAAGUCUCAGCCUAAGAAUUAGGACGGUGCAACCCACUGGUAACUUGAUGUACGCUGCCGGAAAGGUCGACUACAACAUACUGGAGAUCGUAAACGGCGGAGUCCAAUACAGGUUCGAGUUGGGAAGCGGCGAGGGCAUAGUGCGGGUGUCCAACGUGUACGUGUCGGACGGAAACUGGCACGAAAUCAAGCUGGAGCGCGACAGAAACAGCGCCAAGAUAACAAUCGACGGUAUUUACACGGCUCAAGGCUCCGCCCCGGGGGUGAGCGACAUCCUCAACUUGCAAAGCGACGAAAUGUAUUUGGGCGCCGAAGUACAUCAACACCCUUCGAUCCUUGGGUUCGAGGACGUGCAGAAGGGUUUCUCCGGCUGCAUGGACGACAUCCGGAUAUCGAGGGUGUCGGUACCGUUGCACAAGUCCGGAGAGAACUCGGUGGUGGUGCUGAAGCGCUUCGCCAACGUGGAGUUCAGCUGCGACACCAGCGUCAUCUUGAUACCGCCGGGGCCGUGCGGGUCGCAGCCGUGCAUGAACGGCGGCACGUGCAAGGAAGUAAAGAAUGGUUUUGAGUGCGAGUGCCACUCCAGAUUCAAGGGCACGGUCUGUGAACUGGACUCGGAUCCUUGCGCCUCUUCGCCGUGCUUGUACGGGGGUAAAUGUUCCUCUACUGUUGGGGGCGACUUCUUCUGCGAAUGUGUGCUGCAUCUCAGCGGCAAGCGGUGUGAGUACGGCCGGUACUGCUCGCCGAAUCCUUGUAAGCACGGCGGUGUGUGCGAGGAGGGCGACGAAGGAGCCUUGUGCAAGUGCAGGUCGUACACUGGGGAGUUCUGCGACUUCGACUUGAACGAGUGCGAGUCCAACCCUUGUCAAAACGGGGGGACUUGCAUUAACGAAAUCGGGUCGUUCCAUUGUAUAUGUCCUCCGAAUUACACGGGGUCACUUUGUGCCAACAACAUAUUUGAAAGUUCCUUAUUGUCUUGGUUUGAAAAUUUGACGUUCGACAAAUUGCUCAUCAUUGGAGGAGUUGCCUUAAUUGUCGUACUGCUCAUCACCAUCGUUCUCAUUGUGGUUUGUUGUCGGAAAUGUAAUUCCAAACGGGCGCAAAGGAACAUGAUCAAUAACGAAAACCUUAAGGAUAACAUCGUCUUGAAUUCGACCAGGCCGCACGAAAUGUCCGAGUUCAAAAGGGGCUCUAAGAUGAGCAAUUUAGAAGUAAAUCAACGUGAUAUAGCCCUUGCCGCACGUCCACUCUCCUACACCCCAAGCUCUCAGAACGACCCAAUAUACAACUGCAACGCCAACACGGUCAUGUUAAAUAACCUGGACACGCUCAGAAGCUACGGUUCAGCCGGAGACGAAUUAGAAAACGUUCCCCCAGAUUACGUGAAGAAUCUCAACAGGAGUACACCCCAGGGAUGCAUCACAAAUCACUGCGACAGUGAGAAGACCACGUGGGCUGAGCAGAUGCACCUAAACGACAGGCACAAGAACAGAAACGAUUUUAAAGCCGGUGCGGUUAAUUGUGAUGCACCCAACAGGCUCUAUGGGGGUAAGAGUAACACCAUCAAUUGUAUCAAGCCGAACGGAUCAAUAUGUCCUGACGACGAUCAAAGGACAAUGGGAAGUUAUCAUUGGGACUGUUCUGAUUGGGCGCGCCACAGCCAGACUCUGCCUAACAUAACAGAGGUGCCGGGCAGCGAGAUCCCCGACUCGUCCAGCUUUCACAGCAACGAGAGCAACGAGUCCCGUUGUCAGCACGUGCACGCGCACGCGCACUUGCCACCGUCGGCGCUCGAUCCGCUCCGGGACAUUGAGCCGCUCCACGAGGACGUCGAGUCUGAGUUUAUGGCCGACACGGAGUGCGAUUCGCAACGUCUCAGUCCGCCGCUCAAUGCCCUCGACAGUGGAAACGAGGCCUAUAGUUUUACCACAGCAGACAGCUAUAUACGUCACCCCAAUUCCUAUCUUCCGCCACACGGGUACAACAUUCCUAGCGAACCAGAAAUCGAAUGCUUACAAAGUCCUGGAGGCGACUCGGACGACGUCGAGCCCUACGGAUUCCCCAGUAAUCGCAAUCGCAAGAACGACGACGACAUCGCCUCAGUCAUCACCACCUUGGAAGAACGACACUCGUUGUUGGGUGGCUACGCCAGCAACAGCGACCUGUCGACCAACCUGUGCGAAAUCGAGGAUUCGGAGUGCGAGACCGAGCACAAGCCUCUAAACUACUUGUCGGGCGUUCACCAGACUUCCGUUUGACAAAUGCCGAAUUCGGGUUCGGAUCUGAAGGCCCGAGUUUCCGGAUAGCAGCGUAGUAUUAAAAUUGUACCUUUCGAUUCCAUUUAGUUCGGAUUGGCUUGGUGUGUAUGGCGUCAUUAUUCAAUGAAUUUUGAAUACGUUUUUAUUGACUUUCUACAAUUUUAUAAUUCUAGUUAGGGAUGGAAUUAAUAAUUUUAUCAUAGCGUUUGCAUAUCAUUCGGAUCUUAUGGAGGAUGUCGUUGUUGCAUUUAAUUUAUUUUAAGGGUUUUUUCGACCACUCGGAUUGAAGCAAACAUUACUUAUGUGACUGUCGAAUUUAUGUAUUUGUAAUAGGUGUGUUUUUUAUAAAAAAUACACAAAAACUAAAAAAACUAGACGACUAACAGAGUAAAAAUUUGUUUGAGAUUUAUAUACUGACUGUUGUUAAUCUGUUUACUAAUAACGAUUGAUUUGUGUUUAAUAGGUAUAAUGAUUGUUGAAUUGAAUAUACAAAGUUAUUUAAUAUUUGCUUCAGUUCUAUUGAACACACAUCUUAUUUACCAAUUGUGUAUACUUGUCCUUAAACGUAGGUUGUGAAUAUUUUAGAUAAUACCAUUAGGCGACGUCCUCUAUAACUAAAAGUAAAAAAGAUUUUAAUGAACUAUGUACAUAAAAUCAAAUAUUUUUAUAAUAUUGGUUAAGAAUGAUUUAGUUGGAUAUUGAAAUAUACAGACGCGAGUUGAAAUUUGUAAAACCUGUAUAUUUUACUUAUUUAUUUUACAUAGUUGUAUCAAAUAUGUGUAGUUUAUCAAUUAACUAAAACUUAAUUUUAGGAAAAAUGUGCCUAUUACAUACUUGAGCUGAUAUGAUGGUAGCUCAAUUUUAUAUAUAUACAUAAAAACACUCACUACUUAGCACUGUAGAAUCUUAGUUUUUAUUUUGAACAAGACUUGAAAAUAUUUAUAGAUUCAAUAGAACAUUUUAGUUGAUGUUAUGCAUGUGAUAUUUUAUAUCUUUACGUUUACGUUUAAAUUAUAUUGUAACUUUUAACAUUUUGUACCACUGAUGACGACUAAUUUUAUUACUAUUAAGGAUUAAUAGAUUAUGUAACUUUUUUAAUAAAGAAGAUUCAAAAUA